AUGCACCCUACGUCAAGAAUGUCCAUUCUUUCUGAAAGGCACUUAUUCCUUCAAGGUGCUAAUGGAACCGGAGAUUCAGGACUUGUGCUUUCCACUGAUGCUAAGCCAAGACUAAAAUGGACUCCGGAUCUCCAUAGGCGUUUCAUAGAAGCAGUUAAUCAACUAGGUGGAGCAGACAAAGCUACCCCAAAAUCAGUGCUGAAACUUAUGGGGAUUCAAGGUUUAACCUUGUACCACUUAAAGAGUCACCUUCAGAAAUACAGGCUCAGCAAGAACGUCCAUGGACAAGCUAACAGUGGGAGCAACAAAGCAGCCACAGGAGAAAGAAUAUCGGAGACAAAUGGAACUCACAUGAGUAAUCCAAGCAUGGUCCCCCAGACAAAUAAAAAUUUACACUUGAGCGAAGCAAUACAAAUGCAAAUAGAAGUGCAAAGAAGGCUAUAUGAGCAGCUGGAGGUACAGCGCCAUUUACAGCUACAGAUCGAGACCCAAGGUAAAUAUUUACAGUCGGUACUGGAGAAAGCAGAGGAAAGCCUUGCAACACAGAAUUUAGGGACAACUGGUUUGGAGGCAUCCAAGGUUCAGUUAUCUGAUUUGGUGUCUAAAGUAUCCACCCAAUGCCUGAAUUCUGCAUUUUCAGGGAUGAAAGAACUGUCGGAUUUGUGCCUACAGCAAAUAAAAACAACUCAGCCAACGGAUUGUUCAACAGACAGCUGCUUAACCUCCUGUGAUGGCAGGGACCAAGAAUUGUACAAUAACCAAAUAGGAUUGAAUAAUUUAAGUUUUAGAGAAGCUAUAGAGCUAAGAAAUCGUGACAAUGGACUCAGGCUGCAGAAGACUGAACUCAGACUGUGUGAAGACCAGAAAGAGAGCACCAGAUUUCUUUGCGCAACAAAUGACAACGUGGAAAAAGCAUUUGCUAUAGAAGAGAACUCCAGAAAUUUAUCGAUGGCCAUUGGACCUCAGGGAGGACCACGGAAUGGUAGCAGCAGCUGUUCAGAGGACAGAUUUAAAGACGUUGAUGCAGACGCUAAAUAUUUUGAUCGAGAUGCUCAUAGACCAGAGAAUCUGAAACUACCAUACUUUACAACAGAACUGGAUCUAAACAUAGAUGACAAAAAUGAUGCUGCUUCAAGUUGCAAGAAAUUUGAUUUAAAUGGCUUCAGCUGGAGCUGA